UCAAAGUGUCAAUUUACUUCCUGUUUUCAUUUUUCAUGUGACAUCUGAGAAAAUUCAGCUCGACAGUAGGGAAAAAAAAAAAAAACUUCAGUGCUGCCACGUCAGGAUUACGGCUCUAGAUAAACACCUGUCCGAAAUCACCACAUAACCGGUACAGAAGACCGCAGCCCGGCGUGAGCUUUCUUCAGACAUGGAGAGCAAAUAUAACUUGAAGAGUCCAGCUGUGAAGAGGCUGAUGAAAGAGGCAGCAGAGCUCCGGGACCCGACAGAACAUUAUCACGCUCAGCCACUGGAGGAUAACCUGUUUGAGUGGCACUUCUCCGUUCGAGGACCUCCAGACUCUGACUUUGAUGGCGGAGUGUAUCACGGGCGGAUUGUGCUGCCCCCUGAAUACCCCAUGAAGCCCCCCAGCAUCAUCCUGCUCACUCCCAAUGGAAGGUUUGAAGUUGGGAAGAAGAUCUGUCUGAGCAUUUCCGGUCAUCAUCCAGAGACAUGGCAGCCGUCAUGGAGUAUUCGGACAGCCUUGAUAGCGAUUAUUGGAUUCAUGCCAACUAAAGGGGAAGGAGCCAUAGGAUCUCUAGAUUACACUCCUGAGGAGAGAAAAGCUCUUGCUAAAAAGUCUCUGGAUUUCUGCUGUGACGCGUGCGGCAGCUGUAUGCGCUCCGCUCUGCUAGCGCUCUCUCCUGACAGUGACCCGCGACCUGUUGACCCUCAGGCACACAGACUGGCACAGCAGAUCAACUUUAAGGCUGAAUCCAGCUCUUCGGCUGCAGACAGUGGCAGCUCCGCAGCGGCAGCGGCUUCCAGUGACAGCGAGAGCUCCGCUACAGCAGAGAGAGACACCGAAGACACGGCAUCCGCUGAGCAGACUGAAUCAUCAUCUGUGGCUCCUCAGACAUCAAGCGAGGAUCCAUCCGUUCCAGCGGCUCCGAGUCCACGUCAGCGGCGCUCGCAGAACCAGAUCCAGUCCCCGAGAUACCCUGCGUUCACAGCCUCCCCCGCUGCUCCGCUCCCUCCGCAGGACACCAGUCACACGGCCUCGGCCGUCCUCAUCGUUCUCCUCACACUCGCUCUAGCUGCGCUCAUUUUCCGCAGAAUCUAUUUGGCCCACGAGUAUAAGUUUGAUUACGAGCUAUGAACUCCUCCUACAGCACUUGAAAACCACCAGUCCUUCUGCCCACAUCCAGAUCCAGCUCGCCCUCGCUCUCAUAGGACGGAAUGUGUGUUUGUCCUUCCUGGACAGAGCUUCGUGUCUUCAGAAGGGAAAAAAGGGGAAAAGAUUUCUGGAUGUAUUUGUAGAACAAAACCUGAAUGGGCCAAUCACAGUACGCUUGUCAUGAACGUGUCAGGGUCUGAUUUCACCCCCCCAAAAAAAUUAAAAAAUGCAAAUGUAUAUUUUACAAGAAGACACUGAAGGCCUUUUUUGGACCAUUAAGAUUUUCCUUCCUCUUUUUUGCAUUGUAUUGUUACUUUCAUGACAGUUAUUCCACUCAAAAAUAUAUAUUCUUAUUAUUACUGUAAUGUGUUCUUAAUACUGUAAUUAUAAAUAUACUGUUUUAACUGCAAAGUAUUUAUGCAUUAUGAUAUUUAUGCAUCAUAACUGUACUGCUUUUUAAUUUAAGAAGAUUAAAAAUUUUUAAAAAGCCGCCCUUUUGGACACAUUACUGUAAUUAUAUUUUUUUUUUUGCAUGAAAUAAGAAUUUGGGCAUAAUGUUCCCGUUUUCACUUUGGGGUGAAAUAUGACCAAGACAUGUUUUCAAGUGGUUUAUUCCAGAUCCUGCAAUAUAUUGUUUAUAUACGAUUUCCCAAAUAAUGAAUUAAUUCAUAAUAAUAAUAAAAAAGUAUUGUUACAAACACCAAUUUGGCCUUAGACUGAAACAAACUAAAAAACUGAAGCCUGUAGAAACUGCAGACUGCUUCUAAUUUUACAAUUAAACAUUUACAUACUUUAAAAAUGCUAUAAUAAUGUAGGUGUGGUUCUAGUAUUUAAACCUGGUUAUUAUAAUGUUAAAAACGAACAUGCACAUAGAGAAAUGGUCCAAGCAGUUGCGACUAUAGAGUUUUUAUUUUUUACCAGUACAUAUAUCUUAAAACUCUGGAAUUUAAAUAUAGCAACAUUAUAUACCUGAAUCACUGCUGUAGACAAAAUCGAUGUUGGCCCUCUGUGGAUAGACAACUUAAACAUCAUUUGUUUUAAUUCCUAAGCAACAACCUGUAGUUUGUUUAGCCUAAUGUUUAAAUGGACAGUUAAGGCAAUAAACCUGAUUCAGCCAUAA